CAAACAGUUAAAUCAUUUUCAACAUUUGGACAAUAGUUUAAGCAGAAGGAAGAGAGAGUGAACGCAGGAAUAUUUCUUCCCACCACAGCUGCCUUUGCAAUAGUUUAUCGCUAUCAACAAUGAUUUUUCUACUUAUUUUGACCAUUUUUGUUCUUGAUCAUCUGCCAGGUUCCCUUUGCACUGUGACGACUGUGGGAGAUUUGACUGUACUGGAGGGCUAUUCCAUCACUGUUCCCUGCCAUUAUAACCCACAGUACAACAGUCAUGUGAAAUACUGGUGCUACGGCCGGAUGAGGGAGUUUUGCUCGAGCCUGGCCCGCACGGAUGACCCAGAAUCAACCCAGCACGGAAAAGGAAGGGCGACGAUCACAGAUGACCCCUCUCAGCAUGUGUUUACCGUGACCAUGCUUGACCCGACAGAGGGAGAUUCUGGGUGGUACUGGUGUGGUGUGGAGGUGGGAGGGAUGUGGAUUGCUGACAUCACUGCUUCCCUUUAUAUCAGUGUCAUUCAAGGUGUGUCAGUGGUGAGCAGUAUGGUGAAUGCAGAUGAAGGCAACAGUGUCAGUGUUCAAUGUCUCUACAGUAAGAGUCUCAGAUCCAGUGAAAAGAGGUGGUGCCGCAGCGGGAGUUCGAACUCUUGCAUUGUGACAGAUUCUGAUGGAACAUUCAGCAGUAAAAACGUGCUAAUCUAUGAUGACAGAAAGAGUGUGUUCACUGUGACUUUAAAACAGCUGGAGAUGAGAGAUUCAGGGUGGUACUGGUGUGCAGCCGGUCAACAGCAGGUGGCUGUUCAUGUGUCAGUCACACCACGAGCAACAACACCGUUUCCCAUCCUGAAUCUGAAGACUACACCCGGAUCUCCACCUCUAAUGUGCUCAAAUGACUCUCAAAAAAAUCGCCCUUUUUGGGAGUCUCCUCUUGUGGUGUGUUUGGUCAUACUGCUGAUCACGACUGUGUUUCUGGCACUUUGGAAGUUAAGACAGUGUUACAAAAAGCACAAGCAUCGAAGGACAAAUGAAAUGAGUGAUAAACUCACAAUGUGCUCAUGGAGGGAAGGUGACUAUGAACACAUCAGUGAUUUUCCUGAACACUCCAGCACAGCAGGUGCAAAUGCUUUAACAGAGAUCACAAGGAGCCUGCAUGACAGAAAACACAAAAGACUCACAAACUUAAGAAAUAAAGAAGAUUAUGUAGUAAAAAGUGACUCUUUAAUGCUCUUUGAAGGCAUAGUUCAUGCAAAAACAAAAAAUCUGUCAUUUAAACACCCUCAUGUUAAUCCAAACCUGUAAGACUUUCAAUAGGAAAAACACAAAAAGAGAUAUUUUGAAGAAUUUUGACAUUGCUCUUUUUUUCCAUUCAACACAAGUGAAUGGUGAAUGAAGCUGUCAUUCCUUAACAUUCUGCCGAACAUCAUAUUAUUUUGUGUUUCUCGGAGAAAAGAAAGUCAUUGUUGUGCUGUUGGUGAAUGGGGUAAUAGUUGACAUUUGGACGGAAAUAAUUUUGUGUAAUGUAUUUUACAUAUAUCUGUCUGUAAGUAAACAUAUUGUUCCAAUUAAACUGUAAGAAGAGAAUGGG